AUGUCUCCAUCAGCACAACUCAAAGAAGAGCUCAGAAUCUUCACUCCUAUCGGCCAACUAGGCCAGGGCUUCAAUGAGGAGAUCUUCUGGGACACAGUCGAGUCUGGGUGCGACGCCAUUAUCUGCGAUGGUGGUUCGACGGACAGCGGACCCGGGCGUCUGGCGUUGGGACUUCCCAAUGUUCCCUACAGUCGUCUGGCGAAGGACCUGGAACUAUUCGCGAAAGUGGCACACCUUUACAACGUCCCGUCACUGAUCGGAUCGAUCGGCGGCGACGGCGAGAACGCACACGUCGACAAAGCGGCCGAGAUCAUCGCCGAAGCGGUGAAAAAGAACGGAUACAGACCGUUGAAGAUUAUCAAGAUAUACUCGGAAAUCCCCAAAGACCUCAUCCGCCAGAAGUUCAAAGCUGGCGAAAUCAGCCCCUGCGGCGGCGGCGUGCCCGAGCUGACCGAGCAUGACAUCGACAGCAGCACGCGCAUCGUCGCUCAAAUGGGCCUCGAACCAUACCUGAAGGCGAUGAAGGAGAACCCGGACUUCGACAUCAUCAUCGGCGGCAGAGCAUACGACCCAUCGCCGUACGCUGCGUUCUGCCUGUUCCGCGGCUUCGAAGAUCUCGGUGUUGCAUAUUCGAUGGGCAAGAUCAUGGAGUGCGGCGCCCAAUGCUCGAUCCCCAAGUCUCGGGAGGCGCUGGCAAUUGUCCGUUCCGACUCGUUCGACAUCAUCCCGCUCGACCCCAAGUCUAAAUGCUCGACCUUGUCUGUCGCAUCGCACUUCUUGUACGAAAAGACCAGACCAGACAUCCUCCACGGUCCAGGAGGAGCGUUGCAUCUCGACAAGACGACCUACGAACAGCUCGACGACCGCUCGGUCCGCGUGGCCAACGCGCAGUUCGUGCCCGAGCCCCCAGGCGAAUACACCAUCAAGCUCGAAGGCGCGAGGGUGAACGGAUACCACACCAUCUUCCUCGGCGCGGUCCGCGAUCCGAUCCUCAUCGAACAGCUCGACUCGUGGAUCGAGGUCAUCGAAGCGCACGUCAAGGACAGGAUCAAGGCGUUCGGGUACGAGUACGACCUCAAGAUCCACCGCUACGGCGUCAACGGCGUCAUGGGACCGUUGGAAUCGGACCACAGUGUCGGCAAGGAGAUCUUCUUCGCCGGACAAGCGCGUGCCGCGACACAGGAUCAAGCAGACCAAGUUGCCACCAUGGCCAAGUUUGGGUUCACGCACGCUCCGUACGCGGGACAACUCGCGACCGCAGGCAACUUUGCAUGGCCGUUCACGCCCUGCGAGAUCCCCAUGGGCCCCUGUCCCGAAUUCUGCGUAUACCACAUCAUGCACAAGGUCGAUCCGCUCGAUCUGUUUCCUAUAACCGUCCUGACGGCGGAAGGUGAUAACACCUAUGUUCACACGCCUCGACCACCUAAACCCGUCGUCGAGGCCAAAGCGGCAGGCAACAAAGUCGAGAAAACCGAGCCAGGCAAAAAGAAGUACUGGCUGAAGCCCGAACCAGCCGAGGGGACAUGCUACCUGGGCGAUGUGGCCUCGGUGCUUCGCAGCAAGAACUCUGGACCGUACGAAUUGACCUUCGACGUCAUGUUCGGCGACAGGGGAGUGUACGAGAGGGUCAAGGCUUCGGGGAAACUGACGAGAGAAACCGUCGCCGGAUUGUACUCCGUGCCCGACGACCACGUUACCGCGUCGUUGUUUUUUGACCAGGCCAUGGCGUACAAGGCCACCAUCGCAAGACCCGCUGUCUCCGGAGGAUUCGGUGAGACGGACACGCACGGGUCGCAGCAACAUAUUCCGUUGCUGUACCUGAGUAUGCCGUGGGCGAGGAGUUGA